UCAUAAUAAUUUCAUAUCAGAACACUCAAAAUUAUCAUCUCUCUCUCUCUCUCUCUCUCUCUCUCUCUCUCUCUGCAGAAUGUAUCUUCUUCCGUCUAAAACCAUCCAUUUAUUCCUAUACACUUGCUUAUUCUUGCUCUUUCCAAGCCCCAUCAGGACCCAAGUCUUGUACAGCCUCUGCCAGUCGUCUCAAGGCAAUUACACCAACGGGAGCCAAUACCAAACCAACCUCAACCAUCUCCUCCAAUCUCUAAAUACCACAACUCCCUCCAACGGCUACUACAACACCUCCUUCGGCGUAGACCCUAAUCAGGUCUAUGGGCUCGCCCAAUGCCGGAGCGAUGUUUCAUCUGAUACCUGCCGAGAAUGCUUAAAUACUUCAAUGGUUGAUAUCGUCCACCUCUGUCCCAACAAGAUGGCAGCAUUCAUAUCAUACGACAUGUGCCUUCUACGUUACUCCAACCAACGCUUCUUUUCCGAACCUGAUAUUGUCCCCGAGUAUUCCCUUCCAAAUCCAAAUAAUGCUCGGAAUCCAGAUCUUUUCAAUCAACUGGUAAGAGAGUUGUUGAACAACCUGUCCACUAUAGAGCUGUCUCCGUCCAUGUUUGCUGCUGGCUCAGUGAGUUCUCCUGACUUUCAAAUAUAUGGAUCAGUUGAGUGCGUUCGAGAUAUAUCAAGAAAGGAUUGCCAGUCAUGUCUGCAACAAAUGAUCGGCUGGCUUCAGAAUUGUUGUCAUGGAAAUUUAGGAGGGCAGGUUCUGUCAAUGAGUUGUCUUAUUAGAUAUGAGGUAUAUCCCUUCAUUGAAGCCCCAUCGCCUCCGCUGCCUGUUGCGACUCCUCCAGUUCUUUCUCGGCCACCACCGCCACCACCGCCAGGUGAAAUGCUUCUAACACAACUAAAACUGAUGGUAGGAUUAUUUCUUCUAUUACUAUUAUUUCUUCCAUUCCUUGUUUGCAUUUCACUCAAAAAUUAUAAUGAAGAAGAAUGGGGACUCAUUUGCUUAAUGUCAUGGCUCAACUGCACAAUAUCACGGUGCACACCGUGCUUCCUGCAUCCUUCCCGGACGCGGUUUGAGAAAGAAGAACAACAAGCAUUAUCACAUUAUUUGAGGACUCCGUAUGGUUCAGAAUUCGUGGAUGUUGGUAUGCAAGGUGAUCAAAAUCUAGAAUUGCCAAUCAUCAACUUAGCUGCAAUACAGGUUGCUACAGAUAACUUCUCUAAUGAAAAUAAGCUUGGAGAAGGUGGAUUUGGACCUGUUUAUAAGGGAAUGCUAUCUGAUGGAAAGGAGAUAGCAGUUAAACGGCUAUCAAGUUGCUCAGGGCAAGGUUUGGAGGAAUUCAAGAAUGAAGUUACAUUGAUUGCUAAACUCCAACAUAGGAAUCUUGUGAGGCUCUUGUACUACUGCAUAGAGAGAAGAGAGAAACUGCUCAUCUAUGAAUAUAUGCCAAAUACAAGCCUCGAUGCCUUCCUCUUUGAUCCAGUCAAACGUUCUCAAUUAGGCUGGGAAAGACGCCAUAACAUCAUAGGUGGAAUUACAAAGGGCCUUGUUUAUCUCCAUGAAGAUUCGAGGCUCAGAAUCAUUCACAGGGAUCUAAAAGCUAGCAAUGUUUUGUUGGACUAUGAGAUGAACCCGAAAAUUUCUGACUUUGGCAUGGCUCGAUUUUUAUGUGGAAAUCAAAGUCAGGUCAAUACCAAUAGAGUCGUCGGCACAUAUGGCUACAUGGCACCAGAGUAUGCAAUGGGAGGGGUAUUCUCUGUGAAAUCUGAUGUCUACAGCUUUGGAGUUCUAUUGCUAGAGAUCAUAAGUGGGAAAAGGAACAGUAGUCUACAUCUCCCCGAAGAUGCUGAAAGCCUCCCAAUUUAUGCAUGGAGAUUAUGGUGUGAUGGAAGAGCGAUGGAGUUAAUUGAUCCUUUGUUAGCGGAGUCAUGUCCCACUAACCAAGUGCUCAUAUGGAUCCACAUUGCGCUGUUAUGCGUUCAACAAGAUCCAACAGAUAGGCCCACAAUGUCUUCGGUCAUUCUUAUGCUCAAAAGUGAAUCUAUGAAACUAACCCAACCUACACAGCCGGGGUUUUUCUUUGCAAGGGCUGUCGUUGAAUCAGAUAAAUCUUCUGCAAGUGUUAAAUUUUGUUCAAACAAUGAUGUAACUAUCUCUUCCCUUGAACCUCGGUGAAUGGGCCCAACAUAAGGAUCAGCCUCAUGCUCUGAUGGAUUGGAUCUAAAGGAGUAGCAUGGUUCGACCUCAGCAUG